GUUUCCCUCCUCCUGUCUGUUACAGGGAAGAUUUCAUCUAAAUGGCAUGCACAAGACUGGGGAUUUGAUACUCGGAGGGCUGUUUCAGGUCCACUUCUUCUCCGUGUUUCCUGACCAGUCGUUUACCGCCGAACCACAACAGCUGAUAUGCCACAGUUUUGAUUUUUUAGGAUUUCGAAAGGCUCAGACCAUGGCCUUUGCCAUUGAUGAGAUCAACAGAGACGAUCGGGUUUUACCCAACGUGACCUUAGGGUACAGUCUCUACGACAGCUGUCUCACUCUCGGAGUUGGAUUUCGUGCAGCAUUGGCAUUAAUCAGCGGUCAAGAGGAGCAUAUUGUGUUGAAUGAGACCUGUGAAGGAGCCCCUCCAGUUGUAGGACUUGUGGGAGAUUCUUCCUCUACACGCACUAUUGCUAUCUCCACUGUCUUGGGUUUGUACAGAGUGCCGAUGGUGAGUUAUUUUGCCACGUGUGCCUGUCUCAGUGAUCGGCAGAGGUUUCCAUCGUUCUUUAGGACAAUCCCGAGUGACGCUUUCCAGGUGCGCGCCAUGCUUCAGAUACUGAAACACUUUGGCUGGACUUGGGCGGGUUUGCUGAUAAGUGAUGAUGAUUACGGGCUGGACGCCGCCCGCUCCUUCAACUCUGACCUGGGUGUGUCUGGAGGAGGCUGUCUGGCCUAUGUAGAGAUUCUGCCCUGGGAAAAAGAUUUGAAUGAAUUCAAGAGGAUCGUGGAUGUGAUGAGGAAAUCCACGGCCCGCGUUGUUGUUGUGUUUGCGCAUGAGGGUAUGAUCAUUAAUCUCAUGGAGGAGGUUGUGAGGCAGAACUUGACAGGCCUUCAGUGGCUGGCCAGUGAAGCCUGGUCCACAGCUGCCGUGCUCCAGACCCCUGACCUCAUGCCGUACCUCGGGGGCACACUGGGCAUCGCUAUCCGUCAAGGAGAGAUACCAGGCCUCAGGGACUUCCUGCUCCAAACACGUGCUGAUCUACAACACAACACCACCUAUGAAAAUAGCAUGGCAAACCAGUUUUGGGAAUUCACAUUUCAAUGUAAAUUUGCACCAGCUCCAUCAGGCUGGGUUGAGGAUGGGGGAAGGAUUUGCUCUGGAGAUGAGGAUUUGAAGGCCAUGGAGACUGAGUUCUUAGAUGUUUCUGAUCUCAGGCCUGAGUACAACGUCUACAAAGCUGUGUACGCUCUGGCAUACGCCCUGGAUGAGCUGCUGAGGUGUGAACCAGGAAAAGGGCCUUUCAGUAAGGAAAGCUGUGCAACUUUACAAAAACUUCAACCAUGGCAGCUUGUGUAUUAUCUAGAGAGGGUUAAUUUCACCACAUCAUUUGGUGACCAAGUGUCAUUUGAUGAGAACGGCGACGCCUUACCAAUAUAUGACGUCAUGAAUUGGCUCCGGCUCCCUGAUGGACAAACAAAAGUUCAAAAUGUCGGCGACGUAAAAGUGUCGCCUUUUAAUGGUGAACAACUCACACUUGAUGGAGAGAAAAUCUUCUGGAACUUUCAAUCAAAAAAGCCGCCGCGGUCGGUGUGCAGCGAGAACUGUCCUCCAGGAACCCGUGUUGUGAGAAAGAAGGGGGAACCUGAGUGUUGUUUUGACUGCAUCCCUUGCUCUGAGGGAAUGAUCAGUAAUUACACUAAUUCCCUGGAGUGCUUCAGCUGUCCAGAGGACUUCUGGUCCAGUCAACAGCGAGAUCACUGUGUUCUUAAGCAAACAGAGUUCCUCUCCUAUCAGGAACCGCUAGGGAUCUGCUUGACAGCAGCCUCACUGCUGGGCACAUUCAUCUGCGCUGUUGUUCUGGGGAUCUUCAUCUAUCACCGCAGUACACCGAUAGUACGAGCCAACAACUCAGAACUGAGCUUCAACCUGUUGCUUUCCCUUAAACUGUGCUUCCUGUGUUCGCUGCUGUUCAUCGGACGACCCAGACUGUGGACAUGUCAACUCAGACACGCAGCGUUUGGGAUCAGCUUUGUGCUUUGUGUGUCCUGCAUCCUGGUUAAAACCAUGGUGGUUCUGGCUGUGUUCAAAGCCUCCAAGCCAGGAGGGGGAGCCAGUCUCAAGUGGUUCGGUGCUUCGCAGCAGAGAGGAACUGUUCUGGUUCUCACCUCUGUUCAGGCAGCAAUCUGCACUGCCUGGCUUGUGUCUUCUUCUCCUUUUCCACAUAAAAACACCAAAUACCACAACGAUAAGAUAGUUUAUGAGUGUGUUGUUGGCUCCACUAUUGGUUUUUCCGUGUUACUGGGAUACAUUGGCGUAUUGGCUCUUCUCAGCUUUGUGUUGGCGUUUAUGGCGAGGAAUCUUCCCGACAACUUUAACGAGGCCAAACUCAUCACGUUCAGCAUGCUGAUCUUCUGUGCUGUGUGGGUGGCCUUUGUUCCUGCUUAUGUCAGCUCACCCGGCAAAUAUGCAGAUGCAGUGGAGGUGUUUGCCAUCCUGGCCUCCAGUUUUGGCCUCUUGAUGGCGCUGUUUGGACCUAAAUGUUACAUAAUUCUGCUGAGACCAGAAAGAAAUACAAAGAAAGCUCUCAUGGCAAGAGGAGUGGAACAAUAAAAUAAUAGCUUGUAAAAGUCUAAGUACUCCUUCAA